AUGCUUCUAAGGAGCUCAUCAACGCCCGUACUAAAUUCAUGGCUACCCCACUCCAAAGACUCAUCAUUUCCAGAACAACAACCCGAAAUGGUACCCCAAAUCCCCAAAACUCGUUCCCUUGCCCUCUCGGCCUCGUCGCGGUCUCCUCUUACGUUGUCGCCGAUCGACGACUCGGCUAGGAAGAUGACUCGGGCGGCCUCUGAGGCCGAUCUUAGAGAUUUCUCGUUGACGCCCAAAAGAAAGCCAUUCAAAAUGCCCUUGAAUGGGUUCGAGGAGAGAGAGGAGGAUGAGGAGAUGGAAAUGGCUUUUUCUUCCGAGUUUAGGAGAACGGUGUCGUUGGGAUUGCCAGAGGUGGAAGGGUGUGAGAUCGGGUUGAGGGAGAACAAGGGCUUGUUGGGCGUUUUGGUUGAGGGUGGGGUUGGUGGAGGCGGUGGCAAGAUCUGCGGUGGUAAUGGCGGAGGGGGUGGUAGAUCGGACGGUGGAGAUGAUGGGAGCUCAGAAUUUUGGGAUUCGAAUAAUAAUGGGAGUGGUAACACUGAGAUCUAUUAUCAGAAAAUGAUCGACACUUAUCCUGGAAAUCCCAUGAUUCUCAGCAAUUAUGCUCGUUUUUUAAAAGAGGUUCGUGGGGAUUUUGAAAAGGCUGAAGAGUACUGUGGGAGAGCCAUUUUGGCGAACCCAAAUGAUGGAAAUGUCCUAUCAAUGUUUGCGGAUUUGGUAUGGCAGAAUCAUAAGGAUGCUCCUAGAGCUCAGACUUACUUUGAUCAAGCUGUUCAAGCGGCCCCUGAUGAUAGUUUUGUUCUAGCAUCCUAUGCUAAGUUUCUUUGGGAUUCUGAGGAAGAUGAGGAGGAGGAGGAGGAGGAUUUGAAAGAAGGCGCCAACAACAGAGCAUCGACACCCAAUUUGUUGCAAGGAGUUCCUCCUUCACCUCCUCCAUUAGCAGCUGCUGCAUAA